CCAACAACUGCAGCAUUUGCAAUGCAUAGAAUGCAGGCGGCAAGGCGAGAGACCAGCAACAGGCGGCUGCAAACAAACUCCGUGCCUUUACUUUCCUGAAAGGAGGAGAGCGCUGCGGAUCCCGCCACGAUUGACAGCCCAGCCGACCAAUCAGGCGGCGGGGUGCCGGGGCAGCGGGACAAGUCGAUUGGCAACGGCGGCAGCCAAUGGGGGCGCGCGGCGGAGGCGGGACUUCUGCCGGUUGAUUGACGGGGCCGGGCGGAAGUCGGUGGAACGUUGUGUCGUCCCCGGGAGGCUGGGAUCUGGUCGCGGCGGCGAGGGGAGAGGAGGCUGCGGCGGGACAGAAGGAGCAGCUGCAGCCCCCGGCGGCUCAGCCCGCAGUGACAUCGUCAGGAGGACGCUGGUGAGUCCAAAAAGAACGUCUGACCUGGAUUAAGAUCAACACAGAUCAUCAUUACCCUGGGGUCUGUUCGUCACUGAGCAGCACAAAUCCCACAGGGACCUUGGGUGCUGGUUCCUCAGAGCUGCAGCUCCCUGCUUUAUUCCUGGCCUUUCCCACCGGGGAGACGAUGAGUCAAGAGGAGUUCAACUCGGCCGCGGUUCCCCUCUGUGCAGAGGACGUCCAGGGCGACGGUCGUUGGAAGUCGCUGCACAGUCGGUUUGUCUCGGACUGCAAGGACAAAGAGCCUGACGUUCUGUUCGUGGGGGACUCCAUGGUGCAGCUGCUACAGCAGUACGAGAUCUGGAGGGAACUGUUUUCACCACUCCACGCCCUCAACUUUGGCAUUGGUGGAGAUACCACGCGGCACGUUCUGUGGAGGCUGGAGAAUGGCGAACUGGAAAACAUUAAACCCAAGGUGAUCGUCCUGUGGGUGGGGACCAACAAUCACGAACACACGGCUGAGGAGGUAGUCGGUGGGAUUGAGGCCAUUGUACAGCUCAUUAAUGGACGCCAACCCCAGGCUAAGGUGGUGGUUUUGAGCCUCCUGCCUCGAGGAGAGAAGCCCAAUCCGCUGCGGGAGAAGAACGCACAGGUAAACUUGUUGCUGAAGAGGUCCCUCGUGAAGUUCCCCAAAAUGCAGUUCCUGAACGUCGACGCAGACUUUGUGCACUCCGACGGCACGAUCUCCCACCACGACAUGUUCGAUUACUUGCACCUCACCCAGAUCGGCUAUGCCAAAGUCUGCAAACCUGUCUACGAACUGCUCAUUCAGCUGCUAGAGGAGACACCCGAGGAGAAGCAAGCCACCCUGGCAUGAUUGGAUAAUAAAUCCUUAGUUUGUCAUCACUGGGAUCUGAGCAGAGCCAUCUAUAGAAUCCUGCAACAAUCUUGCCUGGAACACCCAAGUUAAAGGCACUUUUGUUUGUAUCAUAAUUUGGUGUAGGAUUCCCUCCAAAUUGGAUGCAUUAAUUUUCCACAGCAAAGCAGUCCAUUCAUUAGGCCACAAUGCAGCUAAUACAUUGUUCUUUCACUGUCAUUAGGCAGAAUGUCUUUCCUAUUAAACGCAGUGUGUGUCUGCAGUAAUUAGCCAGUGGUUUGCAGAUAUUAGAAAUACACACUUAUGGCUCUCAUUGAUUUUAUAGCUGAUGUGAAGCAAUGGGCUUGCGUACAGCCAACUCUCUUUUAAACAUAGAGCAACCAGAGUAGUUAAAAUAUUUUUUUUGGUAUGGUCCAGAUAUCCUGUAGCUGACCCUUGAUGGAUUUUUGCACCACUGGGUGUCAGUCGUCUACAGUACUUUGUAAGUACUGCCUUGUGGGGUCAGGAGACAUCUAGUGGUAAUGAAUGGAAUACAUGAGGCUGCUUCACCAUUUUGGACAUUGACCUUGUUGUCUGCGUCAUGUAACAAAAUAUGACACUGAGUUGCUUUAUAUUUUCAUUUCCAAGUUCUUAACAUGUCACAGUUGAAUUGGAAGAGUAAAAUCCUUGUAACAGACAUCUUGUUUUGAUGCAGUUUGCCUUAACAAGGAUCAGUAACCCAGCACAAUGAGUUCCUAAAGUGGAAAACAAGGAGAGCCUUUAAUUAGUUUUAAUCAUUUUAUUUGCCCAUCUUCAGAUCUCUGUCUCUAUACUUGUUCCUUUCAGGGAUGUUAGUAGGCAAGUGAUUGCUCUGCCCCUGUUUUGACACCUGUAUUAAUUGUCUAAAUCUUCAAGUUAGUUACUGCUGUCUCAGAAUUGUAGAUACUGUGUUGCAGUUAAGAGCUACCCAUGCUUACGUGAAAUGCAUUGCACUCCUCCUGCGACGUAUCUUUAAACUGCAAUAUUGAAGGAGCCAGGUUUUACACAGGGUCAAGGUUCCUGACGAUAUCCAACCAUCUGUCAGAAUAGUACAGUUGUUGCUAUGGCAAAUCAAGUGAUUAAAUAAAUGAUUGCAUGGCAUUGCAUCUGGGAGAGGUGAGAAUUUUGAAUAAGUUGGGACUUGGCCUUUCUGUUCUGAGGGAGAGGAAAUACUUAUCUUUUAUUGCUCCUGCCUGCAUGCUGAAUCUGUCUUUCCUUGAUGGCUUUUGCUCAGGUUCACCCUAAGAACAAUGGUAUGAGGAGGGGCCACAGUUUACCACUGUGUCCGGGGCUAUCUGUGUGCAAGUCAUUGAGAGGAAGAUUCUGUUUGAGCACCUUGCAUUAUAGUUUAAAUUAUAUGAAAACUGCUUGUAGGCACUAGCAUGCCUAACACGUCCUGAUUUUAGAACUUUUUUUGUAGUUUACUCCCAUUUUACUCCACUGCUCUUGCCAGGGAUCAUGCAGUGUAGAGUACUGUAACGUAGUGGUUAGGUUAUUUGAUCAGCAGCCAGAGAUCUGGACCAUUAGUCCAGAGGCAUGAGUUCGAAUCCCACCAUGGCAGCUGUGGAAUUUAAAUUGAAGCAAUUAGAUAAAUCUGGAAUUUGUUGGACGAAAGCUGGUCUCGGAAUUGAUUGUCAUAAAAACCGUCUUCAGGGGAAGAAAGCUUCCUUGCCCAGUGUGUCCUACAUGUGACUCCAGACCCACCAGAGUGUCUCUUCACUCAAGGGGCAUUAGGGAUGGGCAAUAGCCAGCAGCAUUCACAUUCCCUGACCAACUUAAAACAACAUCUCUGCCUAAACCAGGUGGCCAAGUAAUCUCAGUAGGUGAGAAGAUGGGAGGGAAGGUCGAGAGAGCAGCCCCUGGGAUUUUUUGGGGGGAAAGAGGGGGAAGUGAGUUUUCAUGAGUUUUACUUGGCAAAAAGUUCAUUGUGCUGUAGUCUGUUGUUCUUCAUUCUGAGUGCAUUCCUUAUUGUGAGCACCACACAGUCACAGCUGUAUUGUAUCAUUCACAAUUACAAGCUGGGCAGACUCCACAUUUAACUCUACCUGCUCUUUGCUGCACUGUGGCUUUUGUUACUCAGCGACUGAUUCGCCAUUCACUGUGAACAUUAAUUGAGCAACAUUUUAAUUAGUUAACCCCUAAUGUGAUGUAGAUCAGUGUCUCUUGAUGUACGAGUGCUCGCCUUUCAAGUUAACAGUGUCCACAAUUCAGGGACUUGUAACUGUCUCCUAUGAAUCUGAAAUCCAACUUGAGUACGCAGAGGUGUUUGAGAAGAAAUUAAUUAUUGACCAAAGCAACACAGUUCUCGCUGUCAAUACAAAGCCAAACAGCCUCAUGUUUCACACCAACCAUUUUUCUUUUGUUUGACGUUCUAAGAAAAAUUCUUGGAUUGUCCGUUUUUUAAAGUCCUGAUUGGGAAAUCAUCGUUUGUAACCAAAACAUGUGCUCUGAGCACGAUUGAAGGACCACAGGAUGCUGCAAGGCGUGAAUUGCAGGAUUCUUUACGAUGCUGCAUUGACUCAGCUCCCCUGAGACCUGACUAUACCAUUCCACGUUGAAGUGUACAAGUUAUCAAGUAUUAGUAUUGGCUGCUUACUCCAAUAAUGCUGCACAAAGUAGAUGCCAGUGUGCAUCCUAAAAUGCCUGCAGUGAUGGUAAGCUUAUAUUUUAUCUCCAGCCCUCUUUCAGUUUGCAGGUUUGAUUGAUAAUGGAGUUGUAUUAAUAAACAGAGUCUGGCAGCAUCUGCCAGUAGGUGGUCACUGUGGGGUUAAUCACGCAUCUGUGUUCCACACCUUUUUGGAGAUGUUUACACUUUGGAAGAGGUCUGAUACACAGGACUUGGACCCAGCACGGUGAGGACUACCACUUGCCCAAGGUGGUCAGGAUUUGCUUGUACAGUGGUUGGAUGCUUGGGAGAAGACGUACACGCAUACAGACCGCUGUUUAAAUAAAAACACUCGCACUCAACAGCCAAGGGCUGAGAGGUCCUUCACCUGAAAAGGAAGGUAGACCAUAAUAAAUAAAAUUCUUUUCAAUCAGUGACUCACCGGAAACCAGCUUUAUAGAUACCUUGUAUGCAGUAGUUAUGAUUUACAUUUAAAAGGCCUGAUUUGUAGUGACAUCUUUUAACUUCAUUCUAGCAAGUUUUGUCAUUUUGAGCACCCCCUUUCUCGUGUGUGAGGUGUCAGUUUGAUGGAAGAGUGGAAUUGGUGUUGCAGAGAGGACUUGAAGAAGGAUUGUGCUCUGUAUCGGCAUUUACCCAGAUUUCUAAAGAGAAAAUUACCCUUGACCUGAAUAUUCCAACUAAACAGUGGAGGCUAGUAAAGAGUCACUUCAAUGAAAGGUGUUAUUUUCCAACUCGGAGUUUAUUUUCCUGAAUUAGAUGUUGGAUUAUCUGUGAAUGUAUCUUUAGAGAGGCUGAGCCAGUUCUUGUGUGUGAAGGAUUAAUGAUUCAGUGUGUGAGGGAUAAUGCAGUAGCUGCCAGUACUUUAUUACUGCCCAUCUACAUUGAAUGUAUCUGAAAACACUUAUGUAGUUUAAAAUACAUUGCCUCACUUACUCUGCAACUUAAGAAACUGCUUUGACUUUACACUGUCAUCUGAAAUCUUUUUUUCUGGAAAUCCAUAAAUAGAUAAAUGUUUGAGUGAAAUUAUCGGGGAUUUCCACACACGCUUCAUCCCCCAGGUCCUUGUGUGCCCUCAUAGAGUCACUGCACAGAAGGAGGCUAUUCCGCCCGUCAUAACCCUGCUACUUGGAAGAAGAAUGACCCCACCUAGUUCCACUUUUCAAACACUUAGUCCAUAGUCCUGCAGUUGAUGACUCAUCACAUACACAUCCAAGUUCUCUAACUUGAAUUCAGGUAAUAAUUAAUUGUAAUGGUGCAUAACAUACAUUUGUGAAACCAUAAACUCAAAGUACAGGUGAAUGUGUCAUUUGUUUUUGGAAGAAAUGUUUGUUUCUGCUCAAAUUAUUCAAAGCGUACUUAAUUCCAUGAGGUAUCCUCCUCCUCUCCCCACCCACAUCGAAAAUGAAACUCUGAUACAUUAUUUUUUAAAUAUACAAUUAUAAAGGGAUUUCUGAAACAUGGGACCAUGUUUUUUCAACUGUUGGCGCACUACAUGGAUUAGGGAAAAAUAUCCUCAAAUGGCUUUUAUGAAAACGUUUCCUCCAUUCUCAUAUUUUACUUUUGGCAUGUAUGAUCUCUGCAUAAAAUUAUGCUUCCAGAAACACAUUGUAUAGUAAUGCUUGAUAAAAUUGUGCUGUAGCCAAAUACUUGUCUGUUAUAUCCAAGAGUGAAGAAAGCAUACAGUACUAUUUACGUCUUGUUUGGGUGACUUGCUGAAUGGUAGUAUAUAUGCUUAUUUAAUAAACAAGAAUGUGUAACUGUCAUCAGGUAUCUGAGCAGUGGUGUGUUGUGCUUAAAUGUACUGUAAUUUAUGCUUUAAUGUACUGUAAUAUUAAAAAUAGUUUGAAACUUU